AUGCUGCACAAGACGGCCCCGUGUGUGGGGCUCAUGGUGCUGGGCACCUACAUGUGGCCCAUUUGGGAGUUUGUGGAUGUCAACAAGGACCUGGAGUGCGUUGUGAUGUCGAUGGAGUUCACUGUGCCUCAGUUCAAUGAUGCCAGCACAGAGGAGCAGCGAUAUGGUUUGCUGGAAGGCGGCCAAGUCCAAGAGAAGAUGUGGAUAGCCAUCUUUCUGAUGGAGCUGGGGCUGUGCCUCAUGAUUGACAGGAAGUGUGAUGAAGACAUGGACAGCUAUCUGCUGCCAAGAGGCGCCACAGGCUCCCACGACCACAGCCCCUGCCGGUGCCCAGCACGACCCAGCCUCUUCAGCAAGGAAGGGCAGUCUUCAUCCCUGGAAUGGCCAGAGUUGUGCCAGCAACAAGAUCUUGGCUUCCGGGCUUGA